AUGAACACAGGGCGAGACAAGGAAAAUGAAUUUUCUAAUCGUCUAAAAAUUCAGAGAAAAAUUUCUUUAAAUAAAGAAGAAAAUGAAAAUUUGAUAAGUGUUUUCGUUGUGAAGGUGGAACGCGAAUAUGGAAGAUCGGAAAUCAUAAAUGUACACAACCAUCGAAUGAAAACUAUUGAGUUGCUGAAACAUGAUGUCGUGUCAAUACAAUUCUCAAAGACUGUCACCACGAACAAUUGUUUAUUACAAUCUAAUUAA